GUACUAGACUGAUACGCUUCGUGAAUUUCUUUCUACUUCUACUUCCUCGUUCUGUGGUUUCGAUCGGCAGGGUUGUUUGGUACAUUUCGACAUUUCUGGAUUUCCACGGAUUUCCUGACGAUUUGAGGAAGUUACAUUCUGCAUCGUUUUUCUUGCAAAAUGCAGUGGAAUGCAUUGGUUUUGUGGAAAAGCAGUCAUGAUGGUUGAGAGAGUCGUUUACAUUGCAGAAAUUUGAGUAGACUUCUUCGAAGAAAUCGUUUGUCAAUGCCUCUUUGACCACGAGUAGCACAUUACCGGUAACUGCAUCAACGAUGCCUCCCUCUGUGUAUGACCUAUGGAACGAGGAGGAAGAAACAACAGACAUUGAGAUCAUUUGUUUUCUACCAAACUCCAUUGUUAUCCCACUAAAAUGCAAACGUGAUGCAACUAUCACAUCAAUCAAAAGAGAUCUUUGGAGAGAGGCCAAGACAUACCCUCUUUAUCAGACUCUCCUAGAUCUGAACUUUUACAUCUUCCAAUGCGUAAAUCAGAGUGCUGAACAGGAGGAGUUGCUAGAUGGUAACCGACGUCUCUGUGAUGUUAAACCAUUCUGGCCUAUGCUUCGUGUUGUCCGUAAAGCCAGUGAUGUGGAAGAUAAGGUCUUAAAUUCCAAGAUUGGGCUGCUAAUUGGCAAGAGCUUGCAUGAGUGGGACAUGUUAAAAAAUCCAGAAGUAGAUGACUUUCGUCGCAAUAAUCGUCGCAUAUGCAUGACUAUCCAACGUGACCGUGCAUCAUGGGAAUGGGAAAAGAAAGCAACAUAUUUGUUCCCACCUCAAGUUGGAGCAUCCAUAGAUAUGCCUGACAAUAUGAGAAGAACCUUGAAGGCCAACAACAACACAUUCUAUGCAAACAUCAUCUUUAGCACAAGCAAGUCCAAUCAGCAGUCAGUACUCUCUGCUGAUGCCUACGAGUAUCCAUCAGACCUCAUCAAGCGAGCCAUUAAUAAGAUGCGUCAGCCUUCUGGUCAAGAAGAUUCCUAUGUCAUCAAAGUUCGAGGCAAAGAAGAUUAUUUGAUGGGCAACUAUUCCCUUAGUCAGUUUACUUACAUCAGGAAUUGCAUCAGCAAAGACAUCAGACCAGAACUCCUGCUUCUUCAAAAGGCAGACAUGAAAGUGGAUGAAAACUUUGUCAAUCCAAUGUUGACGGCUCUUUUACAAAAAGAAGAAGAAUCCCCCUCCAUCCCACCCAAGAAAGGAAAGACGUUAAGCUGGGACAUUCUGGACAAAGUCAUAGUAUCAUUCCAUGGAGCAACUAAUGUGAACAUCAUUGACAGAGCUUGGCUACAAGUCCGUGCAGGCGUCUACCAUGGAGGAGAGAAACUUUGUCCAAACUUUCUGUCCAGAGAGGCAGAAGGACCAGAUCCUGUGUGGAAUGAUGAAUAUAUGGCUGACAUUGAAGUUUGUAACUUACCUCGCAUGGCGCGACUCUGCAUUCUCAUCUGUAUCAACAGUAAGAAGGGAAAAGUGUCCGAAAAAGGAAAGAAAUCUUCCAAAAAUGUCAAGAAGGAACUGAUUCCCUUAGCCUGGGUCAACACUACCUUCUUUAACUAUCAGAACAAUCUUCAGACUGGUAGGAUGAAAUUUUACAUGUGGCCAGCGUCAGAGGAUUUUGAUUUGAAUCCAUUGGGAUGUGUUGGUUCCAAUCCAAACCAUGAUGAUGCGACAGUGAUUGAGUUAUCAUUUCAUUCCUACAAGGCAGCACAUAAGGGGACAGUGUCCUAUCCUCCAUUUGAUACAGUGCUGGAGAGAGCAGCUACCAUUGCAGCAAAUGAGGACACAUAUCUAACACAUGAGUCCAUUAAUGACCAGAAACUUGAGGAGUUACGUAUGAUGGUUGAGAAGGAACCUCUUGAACCUCUGAGUGAACAAGAGAUCACAGAUCUGUGGAAUGCAAGACAAGAUUGUAGGGAUCACAUCCCACACUCCUUACCACGGCUGCUCACCUGUGUACGAUGGUCAGACAAGGAUUGUGUCGCUCAGAUGCAGGCACUUCUUCAAAUUUGGCCAGAGUUGAAGCCAGAGGAGGCAAUGGAACUUCUAGAUUAUCGUUACCCUGAUCUCUCUGUUCGCAAGUUUGCUGUGGAAUGUCUCAGCAACUUGGUGGAUUCUCAACUUUCUCAGUACCUACUUCAACUUGUUCAAGCUCUCAAGUAUGAAACUCAUCUAGACUGUGAACUGGGCCAGUUUCUUCUCAGGAGAGCAUUGGCCAAUCAGAGAAUAGGACACUUCCUAUUCUGGCAUCUCAGAGCUGAGAUGCAUCAACCUGCUGUGUCGACUCGUUUUGGGUUGAUGUUAGAGGCAUACUGUCGGGGUAGCAUUGCCCAUAUGGCAUCGCUCAUCAGACAGGUGGAGAGUCUGAACAAGAUGCGAUCUGUCAAUGAGUUGAUCAAGUCAAGACAAGCCAAGCAGCAAACAAACAGUGAACUCCAGACAAUGAUGAGAGACAUUCUGAAUCAGGAAUCCUACAAUGAAGCAUUGUCUAACUUUGUCUCACCGCUCUCUCCAUCUUACAAGCUUAAGGGCCUCAGGCUUGAAAAAUGCAAGUUCAUUUCAUCGAAGAUGCGCCCACUUUGGCUGGUGUUUGAAAAUGAGGAUCCAGCUGGAGACAAUGUCUUUCUCAUGUUCAAGAAUGGUGAUGAUUUGCGACAGGACAUGUUGACACUACAGGUGAUGCAGAUCAUGGACAAUAUCUGGCAAGAGGAAGGGCUCGAUUUAAGGUUAAUUCCAUACCGAACCUUAGCAACAGGAAACAAGAUGGGGAUGAUACAGGUUGUCACAGAAGCAGAGACAAUUGCUAAGAUUCAACAGAGUGACGGAUCCAACAAGUUCAAUGCUACUUUCCGCAAGGUGGCACUGUUCAACUGGUUGAAGAAGCAUAACCCCACAGAAGCUCAGUUUAUUCGUGCCAUUGAAGAUUUCACCCUAUCUUGUGCUGGUUAUUGUGUUGCAACCUAUGUGCUGGGUAUUGGUGACAGACAUAACGAUAACAUCAUGGUCAAGAAAACUGGUCAGCUCUUUCAUAUUGACUUUGGUCAUUUCUUGGGCAACUACAAGCGAAAGUUUGGAUUCAAACGAGAGCGAGUACCAUUUGUGUUGGUACACGAUUUUGUUCAUGUCAUCACCCGUGGUAAGGGGACAAGCACAACCACAGAGUUUGAAACGUUCCGCAAGUGCUGUGAGCAGGCCUUCAUGAUUCUUCGUCAACGAGGUAACCUCUUAAUCAACCUCUUUGCCAUGAUGCUAUCAAGUGGUAUCCCAGAGUUGUCAGAUGAGACCAUUAAGUACCUCCGAGACACCUUGGUGCUUGAUCGUAGUGAUGAGGAAGCACUCAAACAUUUCAAAGGCAAGUUCACAGAGGCACUCAAGAACAGUUGGAAGACAAGUCUAGAUUGGAUGGCACACAUCAUUGCUCAUGCUCGAGACUAAAGAAUGCUGACUACAAGGUUUACGACCAGCAGUUGAUUGAUGCCAAGUCCUUCCUUGUCAUCGCAACGAGAUUAAUAUUUUAAGCAACUUUCUGAAAGUUGCCAUUGGAUCUGUAUUGUCAUUUCUGCUUAUGUUUAUAGAAGGUGCCUAAAAGCAGUUGUGUUGCACAUGGAAGACUACAUUCAAACGUUUAUUGAAGAUUGCUGUUCUAGCCUAUAAAGAUUGUACAGGGCCUACAUAACAGCUUAGAAAUAGUCAGUUCCAAUAUUGUAAAUUGAGUGAGUCCAAGGUUGUAGAUAAACUUGGUAAUGUACUUCAUUGCUUGUCCAAAUGAAUGGAUGGAUUACAUAGCAUGGUAUAUUAAACUACACUUACAUGAAGCUACAUGUAUGUCAUAUCCAACAUUGUACAGUAUCAUUUUUGUUAAUUUUCUGUGUUUGUCUUUGUAGAUCUUCAUAAGAAAUAGUUCUAAAUUUAUUAUUUUGUGAUAUAAUUUUUGUGUCAGAAUUGCAUGUUAUACUAUUUUCCUUUUUUGUAUUUUGACAAAAAAGCAUAUAUUUUUGUGUGUUUGUCAGGGAUCGACGCACUCAGAUUUUCUCGUGCUGAUUCCAUGAAAACACUCUACUGACUCCUGUGCAAUGUAUCAGACAAUUUUGUACUUUAUUAUUUUGUAAUAUGCCUGUAUAUUUCUUUAUUUCUGAAUUGUUGCUGAUUCUUUGUGCUUGGCUUUUUUAUACGUGACCCUUUCAGCCCCACACCAGAGGAACAGUAAACCAAGAAUAAAUACUGUGAACAAUAUGGCACCAUCUCUUGGCAAAACUGUUGUAAUGAGUAUGGCAGUUUUCUGCAAAGUUGUGAAAAUCAUAAGCAUUUUUCAACAUGGGUGAGAUACAGCCAUGUGCACCAAAAGCUUUCAGUCAAGUUAAAUUGCCAACAAGUUGUUUGACUUCAGAAUGAUACAAACCUAGACCAAGAUAUUACUUCUAUUGUUAAACCUGUGAGUCAGGGACCUGAUCUUGUAAAAGGAGGAACGUGAAAGCAUGGUGUCAGUUUGCACUUUUAAGUACAUUCAUUUUGUUUACUUCAGAUUGAGUGCUGUCAAAGCUCGCAAAGUUUACGAAAUUGGAAACGGUCUUUGACAGAGCCACACACCAGUGGCUAUUAUGUGUAUUUAGGAUAUGAACCGUUUUCAUUGUGAAGUCUCUUUAACACCUCACCUGUUAAGUCAUAUUUAAGCAGAAAAUUGUCAAUUCCUGUCAGAAGAUUGUGAACAGAACAACGAGCAAUGAACCAACCAAAAAAUAUAUAUUUUUGUACAGGAAAAAGGAGAGCUAUGUGAUAAAAAAUAUUCAACGAACAGCAUUUAUAGGUUUAAGGUAUCAAAAUUUUGUACUGUAAUGUUUCUUGGCAGCAGUGUUUGUAUAUUUUCAGCUGUCGGUGUUUUGAUACUCAAUUUAAACUCAAUUAUGAAACUAAUAUAAGCAGUUUUUUUCACUUCUUAAGGCGCACCAGCACCUUUUUUUCUUAAAUGGUGCUUGAACUAGAGGUGUGUAUUAUGCUGUUCUAUAUUAUAAAAUGCCAUGUUCGAUGCCAGAGAAUGCAGAGACCAUUCCAAGGCUAGUAUGCAACUAUAUGGUUAAAGAUUGCCAUAAAAUACAGUCAAGCGGUGCUUUUAAAUAUUAAAGACACUGGAAAGUGCCAGUCGUGCGCAGCAGAAAUGGAUGGUAAAAUAUAGCUCUAUAUUUGGCUCAAUGUCUACAGGUAUUGUAAUUUUCAUGAUCAUUGGUCUUCGAACAAAAAUGGUCGCUAUCUUAUUUGCUCUACUAUAUGUCAAAUAUAUUUAUAUAAAUACCCAAAUGUUUUUAAGGUUUAAAUCGAUUUCUCCCCAUCAGCUUAUUUGUUGCAUGGAAUAACCCCAAGCAAAGCUUUGCUUAGCAGAAGUCUUAGCCUGAACAAGCUUAUGCUUAAAGUGUGCUUGGUGUUUUUUGUGCUUUGUUUGUUUGUUUUUUAUUUGUAUUGAUGUUGUUAGUGUUUUUUUUUAAACUAAAUUAUGGUUGUGCCUUCUUUGCUGUAACAAGUCACUGUUUUGCAUCAAUGGGAAAGAUUUAACAGGGAACAUAGCUUGAAACAUAACUAUGUCAUUCCAGAUUGUACAGGAUCCCCUUUUUUUGCUGUACAUGUACAUGGUUUGAAAAAAAAUCCUGAAGGAAAAUUUCCUAUUUAGGAAGAUUUUGUUUUCAGGUAUAGCGAUUUGUAAUAUAAUUUAUUCGGCUGAUUAAACAGAUAUACAUGUGAAUUGUAAGCCCAUUUUAGGACACCAUUUCAUGAGACUGCAAUGGAGGUAGUGUCAAUGCUAUCGUAUUUUAGUCCUUACCUUACGUUUGUCUUAAGUGCACGCUUGGAUAUCUUUCUGGCUGUCCCCGUGGCCCGUGGUUGGUUCAUUUUGGAGUUGGGCGUUCAGUGUUCUGCUGUACAAAUGCAUGGUAUCACAAACUCUCGGCAUUUUCUUUGUAUAUUUCAUUUCAUGUAAAAAUCAUUGAGCAUUCAAGAUACAGUGAUUGAGUACAGUACUGGAUUUAAGAUUUCAACUUCUGCUAAUUUAUCAGAUAGUAAAAAUGAUUAAAAAAACAUUCAAGCUUGGAUUAUAAGUUAUUUAAAUUGUUCCUAAGCUGACCAGGCCGGUUAUGAUAUUUGGAUUACUGGAAACGAUUGUUGGAUAUUUAGUGUCUCCAUAAUUUUAACCUGGAUAUAAAGACUGUCUCUUUAUAAAAAGGGAUGCUAACGUUCCUUUUAUAUACGAAAACCACCAUCUCAAACAAUCAUGUAUGUACAUUGUUUUGUGAAGAAGUUCUCGUGAUGAAUAGUUAAUGUACAAUAUGAUAAAGGAGAAGCAGUAACUUUUAUUAAAAUUGUUUAGUUACGUGAAGA